UUAAUUUUUGGAAAAUUUUCGGAAUACAUUUGAGUCAUUAAUAUAAUGAGUAUGUUUGAUAGGCAACUCUAUCGUUUUGACCUGUACAUUUUUUGGGUGUGUACACACUUGUUUGCUUGCCGGUCUAAAUAAAUGUUGUGUUAAGAGUGCAUACGGCUUUUGUUUAAUUUUUAAAUUUAUUGCAAACGAAACAAAGCACUCAGCAUGGCGGAUGACGAUAAAGACGAUCAAAAGGAGUAUCGCUGGGAGACGGGCUACGAGAAGACAUGGGAAGCCAUCAAGGAGGAUGACGAUGGCAUGCUGGACAGCGCCAUUGCCGAUCUCAUACAGAAGGCGAAGCGCAAGCGGCAGGCGGAGAAGACCAAACAGAAUCGCUUGGGCAUGAUGCGACAUCUCUUUAUCGUCCUCGACUGUUCGGAGUCCAUGGGCGUGCCCGAUUUGAAGCCUACGCGUUUGUUGUGCACACUGAAGCUGCUGGAGAUCUUCAUAGAGGAGUUCUUUGAUCAGAAUCCCAUCAGUCAGCUGGGCAUUAUAGCCUUGAAGGCGAAACGUGCCGAGAAGAUCACAGAACUCACGGGCACAUCACGUGUGCAUCUCAAGGCGUUGGAAGGCUUGGCCAAUGUGUCGCUGACCAGUGAACCAUCGCUGCAAAACGGUUUGGAUUUGGCGCUCAAGACAUUGAAGGUGGUGCCAUCGCAUGCCUCGCGAGAGAUUGUCAUCAUUAUGGGCUCUUUAACCACUUGUGAUCCGGUGGACAUUAAUUCAACAAUCGAGGAGUUGCAAAAGGAACGCAUUCGUUGUUCGGUCAUCUCGCUGUCAGCGGAAAUUCACAUUUGUCGGCAUCUCACACAACAAACGAUGGGAACUUUCGGCGCUGUGCUCGACGAUUCCCAUUUUCGUGAUCAGCUGUUGUCGCAAAUUGAUCCUCCGCCCGCUGCCAAGACGCAGGAUAAUUCAUUGAUUCGCAUGGGUUUUCCGCAUAGUAAAAACGAGUCCGAUGGCAAAGAUGCCGCACUCUCCAUGUGCAUGUGUCACAUAGAAAACAGCGAUGAGCCCAGUGAAUUGUCCACUACAGGCCAUCAUUGUCCACAAUGCAACAGCAAGUACUGUGAACUGCCCGUGGAGUGUUUAUGUUGCGGCCUCACAUUGGUGUCGGCACCACAUUUAGCACGCUCUUAUCAUCAUCUGUUUCCUGUGCCCAAUUUCGAGGAGUUGCCAUUUGAAUCGGUGCCACCGGAAGCACCCGACUUUGGCAGUCUACGCAAAUGCUACAGCUGUAUUAAGGUGCUCAAUGCGGUGGCGGAUAAAAGCGUCUUCAAGUGUGGCUACUGCCAGCAGUUCUUCUGCAUCGACUGUGAUAUCUUCAUACAUGAGACGUUGCAUGCUUGCGUCGGCUGCAAUACAAUUCCUGGUGUGGCGGGAUUGGUCUAUCAAAAGCAGGGUGGCAAAGCCGCCCCAGAUGCCCACCAGCAGCAGCCAUCCAUGAUGCCCUCUUCGUCCAAGCAGCGCAGUCAGCAGUACUCCAUGUAAAAUGGGCCAAUCUUAACCAUAAACAAUACACAUUAAGUAAGCUUGAAUUGCAUAUUAAAAUGCAUAUGAAUUGUCGAUAAGUUCAAAUAAAAUAUAAGCAAUCUUUUUGUUGUA